AUGCAAUUAAGAAGCACUACUAUAUUAGCUUCUGAAAGAAUCCUUUCUAAUGGUUUGAUAGAUGAAUCUAAAGAAAAAGUGAAAAAGACUAAACCUAUAAGACAAACAAAGAAUAAAGUUUUGAAACAAAGACAAAAUCAAAAAAAAAAAUUAGUAGAUUCCAUACAAACUUCUAAAACAGAAAAAACUAAAGUAGAAAAACUUAAAGUAGAAAAACUUAAAGUAGAAAAACUUAAAGUUGAAAAACCAAAAUUAGAAAAACCUAAACCAAUUAUAAGAGAUAUUCCUCAUUUACAGCGACCUUCAUAUCAUACAACUCAUAUUCAACGACAUCUACCUGAAGUACAAAAAAACAUCAUCGCUAACAUUCCAAGGACUAUUGAAGCAAUAGAUUCACAUUUGUCACGGUUCUAUUCUGGUAAUAACAUACCGGCGUACCUUGAUACAUCACAAUUAGAAUUGAUUAGAUUACCAUCAGAUUCUUAUUAUUAUAAUAAUAUUCAAUCAGAAUUAUCCACCUUAUUUAAUAUAUUAUUUCAAGAUUCAAUAUCUCUAGAUACAAAUGUUCCAAAUACGUCUAAUUACAAUCAAAAAUUUCGUUUCAAUUCAUUACCAAAAGGUCAGAUAAAUAUAGAUUCGAUUUCAAAUCAUUAUAACAUCGAUUUAUUACAAUUAUCUAGUUUAUUUAAUCUUUCAAAUAAUGAAUCAAUCACCGAUAAUAAUUCAACAACUAUAAACCCAAUGAAUAUACCAAUUCAACAAAAAUAUAAAAAUGAAAUCAAGUCGAUUAAUAGAAAAUUAGAUAAACCUCUAAUUAAAGAAAAAAAUAACAAUUUAAUUUGGCCAGAUAAAUUAUAUUCUUUAAAACAAAAACAAAAAAAAUUGACAAGUAAUAAUAAUACUUCCAUUAAAAAUCCAAUCUCCGAUGAAAAUAUUCCCUUCUUAUCAUAA